UUUCGCCCCAAAAUACGAGCAGACGCCCUUCAAUCUAAGCAAUUGCAUCAGUAUGAAAUUCUUUCUGGUCGUUGCCGCCACCAUCGUCAUGUCUCGUACGACGACUACCCCUAAAGCGGGCGCAGGCGUCCAUGCGCGGCGUCCUAUUUCCAAGGCGCAGCGUCAGUGCAGCAUCGCGACAUCGGGCAUACUGUAUCCUGACCGCCGCCGCCAUUCAAUUGCUUCUAAUAUUAAAUUCAUUUUUGCUCGGUGGACAAUAUACACUAACUUUAUUAGCGCGUUUUGCCACAUCCUGUGCAUUAGGCCAAUAGUUGGCAUUACCGUCGGAGGUAAAUGAAAAUUUCGCUUUUCCAGUUUUCUUUUCGCGAUUUUAACACAUUUGUAUAACGCAAUGUCAAAAUUUAUCAUUUGAAGGGAGUCAUUUGAAUUAUAAAUGAAUCAAGAGGAGAAGCGCAACUGUUUCGGCAUUUGCCUGGGGUGAUAAUGUGUAUAAAGUGACAAUAAACGUUUUUCAAUACCCAUUAGUGUAAAAGUGGAAAAAUAUCGAACGUAAAUUAGGUAGACGUCCUGCAAAUCGAUGUAAAAAGAAGUGAUUGUGGGAGAUCCACAACAAAAAUAUAAAGACAGGCAUCGUUCGUAGCUUAUUUCAAAUUGGUUAAUUGACAGACGGAACGGAGGGAGGGAUUCACUCUGCAAUAGAUAUUUUGAAAAAUACGCUCCAAGAGACCAAAGAUAAUUAAGAAAAACGUAUAAUUAAAUCUUCAAAGCCGCGUUAUUAAAAUUGAUGGAAAGGUAAUGCUAGUAAAUGGAAAACUAAAUAAUUAAUCAGUGUGGAGAUUUUAAAUUAAUACUCAAAUUAAAGGUGUACUAUUAUCAGUGUAAUGUAUUUGAGGAUCGAAUUGGAAAUGAAGGCUUAUUUUCUCGGUGACAUAAUUUAAUAAAUAACGAAUGAAAAUGCGGCUUCUUAUCUACUCUGCUUUUGCUCUUUUGGGGCUUUGUUCCGGUUUUCUUUUAGACGGAUCUACCAAUUCAUAUUCUCAAUUUCGCAAAUGGGGUGGCGGUACGAACGGAAGUCUCGAAUUUGAAUUUAAAACCGAUCAGCCUAAUGGACUUCUUUUAUACACGGAUGAUGGAGGAACGUACGACUUUUUCGAAAUUAAAUUAGUCGAAGGCGCAUUGAGGUUGCGAUUUAAUCUAGGCGGUGGUGCUCAAAUUAUAACCGUAGGAAGAGAUCUUAACGACGGACAUUGGCAUAAAGUACACGUGCAAAGACAUGACGAGCGAACUGUGCUAACUGUUGAUGGCGUUUCUCAAAUGAGAACGUCUCGAGGAAAGGAGUUCAAAUUCGGACGAUUUUCGACUAAUUCUGAUGUAUUUGUUGGAGGGAUGCCCACUUGGUAUAACAAUAAAUUAACCCUUCUCGCACUCCCAAGUGUAAUCUUUGAACCGCGUUUUGUCGGAGCCGUACGGAAUCUUAUUUAUCCGGAUACGGAAGGUGGAUCGCCGAGAAGGCAGGAGACGAGACCAAAGGACCACAGGUGUGACGGAGGGGCUAUUGCGGGUGCCGAGGAGCUCUGUCUUCCUCAGUCCAGGGUGAGUUUUUCAAAUAAAGAAAAGAACGAGUAG